CUCAAUGAAGACGAGAACAAAUCGAAGAGCUCAAACUUUUUCCAGUCAAUUUGGAAUCAAACGACGCCGUUGUUCCAUAAAAAACACCUCAAAAACACAUUUCUCAUUUUUGGAAUUAGCGUACCGACGUAUUGUAUAUGCCCUCCGUUCUCCGUGUGGAUGCCGUAUAUAUUCAACAACUACAAGAACUUGGGAGAGCCCGGCAUGAGUUUCUGCGAAAUGUUCCACGUUCAAACUAACUCAGGGACUACAUUUAAUGAGGCAGAUCUGGUUUGUGAUGACACCAUUGUUCCGUUCACAUUUGCCGCCAUCACGGGGUUCGCUUGCACCAUCACCGUUGUCUCCAUCAUCAGUGUAGUUAUCGUCAAGUACAUCGGUAAGAAAUGGACGUACAUCAGUUUCCACCUGCUAACGACCACGAUGGCCGCGAUCAUCAACUUCGUGCCCAUCGAUUGGGGACUUGUCGCGUUCGUCGGUAUGAUGUCCAAUGUUGUCUGCAUGGGAAUCACCACCAGUUACGCUGUUGAACUGUUCCCUACGUACAUGAGAGCUAUGGUUGUGGGUCUUUCCAUGAUGUUCGGCCGAGGAGUAUCGUUCAUUUUCUUCAAUAUCAUUGGCGAACAACUUAUGAAUAAUUGCAGCAACUUCCUUUUGUGUUUAUCAGUGUUUCUAUUCGCUGGUGCUUGCUUGGGCUUAUUUCUUCCAAAAGACCACAAUGCCUCCAAAAAGGAGUCUGACAAUUCGUCUUAAUAAUAUUUAUUUAAUGAUCUCCCGUCUUGUUCACUAAUGAGAGAAUACAUCAAUGAUUUGCAUUUUACUUUAGCUAAUAGCUAGAAAUAAAAUAAAUAUUUCAUUCCUGCUUUACAAAGACAAAUAAGUAGGUAUUACUUAUUACAU